AUGUCAGACACUUCAAUUGCAAAAUUACCUAACCUUGAACUCGCACAUUACCGGUUCAUUUUGAAUAAUCCCAAAACUCCAGAACAACAUGAAGAAGCCAAAACAAAGUUGUUUAAUAUAAUUGAUGAAAACAGUAAGUUUCUUGCCUGUAUUAGGUUAAUAAGGGCUAAAAUCUUUAUAGUAGAUUCUGCAUUAGUGAUUGACAUUAUAUUAAAUAUUUUAGACAUGGCACCAUUUUACCAACUUGUAACUGAAGAACUCAAAAUUCCGUUAAACAAGGCCUUGUUAACCAAAUAUCAAGAAGCCAAUAAAGAAGAGUUACAAAAAUUAGAAGAACGACUGCAAGAUGCCGAAAAAAAUCUUGGUGAGACAGAAAUAAGCGAUGCUUUGUUAGCUAAAGCUGAUUACUUUGCCAAAAUUGGAGAUAAAGAAAAAGCACUAGCGGCAUAUCGAGUUGCUUUAGAGAAAACUGCAGGAUUAGGUUCUCGAAUUGAUAUAAUCUUUUCUUUUGUGCGGAUUGGAUUCUUUUUUAAUGAUAAUGACCUUAUUAGUCGUAAUAUUGAAAAAGCAAGAAGCAUGAUCGAAGAAGGUGGUGAUUGGGAUCGACGUAAUCGCCUUAAAGUUUAUGAAGGCAUAUAUCGAUUAUCAAUACGUGAUUUUAAAACAGCAGCAAAUUUAUUUCUUGAUACACUCUCAACCUUUAUGUCAACCGAGUUAAUGGAAUAUAAGGAUUUUGUAAAAUAUUCAGUUUUAGCAGGAAUCAUUUCCCUUAAUCGAGUUGAUUUAAAAAAGAAGGUUAUUGAUGCACCAGAAGUAUUGGAAGUAUUAGAUGAGAUCCCAUAUUUAAAGGAUUUUAUCAAUUCACUUUAUAAUUGUGAAUAUGCGAAAUUUUUCCAGGCUCUUGGUAAACAUAAAUUUUUUAACACGUCAUAA